UUUUGUUGAGGGACAGUUGCGCAAUAUUCAAUUUUUAUUAAAUGUAGUGAAGAGAGGGAAUUGUUUGAUCCCUUUCCCCCAUUUUACUCCAAAAAUAAUUGUUUUCAGCCCAUUCCCUUUGGCAAUGUUUACUUCGACUUUACUGUUCUCGUUAAGUUACAUUCUUCAUAUUAGGCAAGUUUUAGUAGGAUAAAAUUGGGGUUUAAAUUUAAAAAUUAGUUUGGCACAAAGCUACUAUGGAAGCAACUUUUUGGGAGCUUUACGAGGCUGGUUUUGAAAGAGUUAAAAAAUUUAAAGAAUCUUUUGUAUAUACAGGAUAUGGGCCUAAUACAUGUCGUUUUAUUUCGUGUCCGUUGGGGCAAUAUUGCAUUGCAGGUAAAUUUCGGAUAAGUCGAAACCGAAGAAAGACCGGAUAGCCGAAAAUUUUCGGUUCGCAUAUCGGUUCCGGAUAACCGGCGGUCUCAUAAGCCGUGAACCUUAAUUGCAGGCAUUUGUCAGCCUAUGGAUUACGGACUUGGUGGAGGUUAUGGAGGGAGACUUAACAAUGGGGCUUAUGGCCUCUAUGCUGCCGCGAGUAAAUGUAGAUUUGCAAAAAUAAUACUCUUUAAAUAAUCUACUUUAGUAUGUGCUGAUACUGUAGACUGUUAUAGCGGUCAAAUUUGCCAGGCCGGCAGGUGUAUAUUUCAGAAUAUUGGAUACCCAGAAGUUGGAUACGGGAGUCCGUACGGGCGUGGCAAUCUUUAUGGUUAUGGAUUGGGAGGGUUCUAUUCUCCAUAUUUUGGAAUGAAUUCGUUCUCAUUUUCUGCAUGUGGAGGUAUUGGUUGUCCUUUAGGCUUAAAUUGUAUGCCUGGGCGAUGUUUGG